AUGUACCAGUAUUAUACCACACACGACCGAGAUGACCAUCCACAGGCAUACGAAUUGACGGAAGGCUCAGCAAUAGAAGGAGAAGGAGAAGUCGAACAACAGGAGCCACAAGAAGGGACCAACACCGGCUGCGAAACAUCGCAAGGAGAUGUGACAGAGGAAACCAACGCGAACAACAUAGCCACACCACGCAGACAACCACCGAUGGCACCCAAAACAGGCAAAACUACAAUCAUAAAGAAGACCAACGAGAUUAUGAUGGAACUAAUGGCGCAAUUCAAUGACGACCUAACGCAGGCUCAGAUACCUUCAACGACAUCAAUAAUGGACCAGUUCAACGUGAGGUCGGUCGACCAGGCCAAGCAAAUCAAUCGGAAGCUGCGGUACAAGAAGGAGGAGGCGUGGACUGAAUAUUUUGCGAACAAGCAACUGGCCAGGACAUCGAAGCAGAAGAGGAUUCACGUUGCCCAGCUGAAAGAGGUCCCACAACCACCAACGUCGGAGGACAUGUAUGAGAAGUGCAGUAUUAAAAUCAACCAGAGCAAAGUACAGAAGAGGAUGAUAGAAAUACUACGCCAACACAAGACAGAUUUCAAGCAGAGAAGCGAAGAGGGACUAAUGAUAUUCAUCCAGAAGCAGAACUGGAAGCAUAUUUGUAUUCGAGACGCCACCGACGAAAAAGGAAAAGGAGUAUUUGCCACUGAUGACAUGAUAAAGGCCGGGGACGUAGUUUGCGAUUAUCACGGGGCGAUUAGGACAGCACAGGAAGCGGAAAGACGACUGAAGGAUUUGCUUCCCCCUAUAUGCAACUACAUGUUGUUUUUCAGGAACAAACAUGGAACAAAGAUGUGUGUCGACGCGUCGACGGAAUGUGAAUGCCACCCACCAGGAGAAUAUCUUCAUAACAGUCCCGGAAGAUAUGUAAAUCAUUCUGCGAAGAAACAGAAUUUGAAACCGAUGCGGAGGGAAGUGAAUGGUACAGAAGUUGUUUUGCUAGUCGCGACAAGAGAUAUUAAAGCAGAAGAGGAGCUACUGUUUGACUACGGUGCUCGACGGUCUGAAGAUGGCGAGAAACUAGAUUGGCUACACGCAUAG